GCGCUCUAUCCAAUAUCGACAUUAAACCAGAUUGGAGGCUGGCCUUGAAGUCCGUCAAGGAACACCACACAGGAGCCGGCGUGGUGGGGACACGAGAACUAAAAUCUGGAACCUCGCGGUGAUCUUCUCUCUUCCAGAAACUCCAAUCCCGGCGAGUGAGUGAGAGGGAGCACUUGGGAGUUUAGAUCUUACGUCGGGCAAUGGCGACUGCUAUGGCGUGUUCGCAGCUUGUAGCAGCGGCUGUGGCUCCAACUCUAGCUGGAACUCAAAAGUCCAAGUUUUUCGGAAGCGCCAUCACCACUCCCGGUGCUGCAUUCUCCAAUGGAAGCAGGGUCAGCAUGUCCGCAGAGUGGCUCCCAGGACAGCCUCGUCCAGCCUACCUAGACGGAUCAGCCCCUGGUGACUUUGGAUUCGAUCCACUGGGACUUGGAGAAGUUCCCGACAACCUGGAACGAUUCAAGGAGUCAGAGCUCAUCCACUGCAGAUGGGCAAUGCUGGCAGUCCCUGGAUGCCUCAUUCCGGAAGCUCUAGGACUAGGAAACUGGGUUGAGGCACAACAGUGGGCCGCGACUCCUGGCGGACAAGCCACGUACCUUGGAACUCCAGUCCCGUGGGGGACCCUUCCAGUGAUCAUUGCGAUCGAGUUCGUUGCCAUAGCCUUUGUCGAGUCGCGGAGGAUCGGCGUGCCGAGCGCUGAGAAACGCAAGUAUCCCGGCGGCGCGUUCGACCCUCUUGGAUUUUCCAAGGACCCGAAGAAGUUCGAGGAGUUCAAGCUGAAGGAAGUGAAAAACGGUCGUCUUGCACUGCUCGCUUUCUUGGGAUUCUGCGCCCAAGCAGCAGCCUAUCCAGGAACAGGUCCCUUGCAGAACUUGGCCACCCACCUUGCCGAUCCAUGGCACAACAACAUUGCCAACAUCAUCAUCCCGCGAUCAGUCAUGUAAACAAAGAAACUUCUUUCUCAGUUCUUUGCAAAUGAAUCGCAAAAAAAAAGUGAUUUUCUUACCAAUAUAGUGCCACCAUCGCAGCACCUGCAAAAAAAAAAAUUGGUAGAAAA